UAACUGUUAUCGCAUUCAAUUGCACCGAUAGGCAAUAACAAACAGUAUUGUAUCAGCGAUACGAUAUCAACAUCCCUCUCAAAGUUCAUCUCUAGUUUUCAAGCCAAAAAUGGCGAAGUAAGUGCGUGCUCUUUUCUUUAUGUUCGGUUUUGGUUUUCUUGUCAAUGUUACAGACCGCACAAAUUAUAUAAAACCGCGCCAAAGCAACCUUAAAAAGAAUUGCAAUAUAGAACGUACAUUUUAAAAUAUCGCCAAUGUGGAAUCAAUGGCCAGUCGCUGCGGUGCCAGCUGUGGUGCCAGCUGCGCCAAUAGCUGCACCGCCACCACAACCGGCAGUGCCGCCUCCACUGCCCGAUGCACCACCACCGCCACCGCCAGUCGACAAUACACCAGCCGCGGGCACUGUUUCGACUGCUGCUACGGUUGCAGGUGCUACCGGCACCUACAUGGGCGCUGGGGCUGGCCAAUCUGCUACCAAUCCGUAUGAACAAUACACGGCCGCUCAGUACGCGGCGAUGACGCCGGAACAGCAGUACGCAUUGCAGCAGCACUGGCAGCAGUGGCAGACCUACCAACAGGAGUACGCCAAGUGGCAUGCACAGUAUGGAGAACAGUACAAGCGGGAAAUGGCCGCCGCGGCAGCUGCUAACACUGUGCCAACUGUGGCGCCUGCACCGGUCGCAGCGCCUGUAGUACCCAAUGUGGUCCCUGUCACAGCGCCAGUGGCAUCGGCUGUGCCUGCUAUUGGUCCUGUUUAUCCGCCAGCCCAAAUGGGUGCACAGAUGCCAGUGCAGCAGCCACAACCACCACCACAGACAUACUUUCCACAGCCUCAGAUGCAGCCAGCGGCGCCACAAAUGCAACCGCAUUCGCAGACCCAGAUGCCUGGUAAAAUAAUGGCACAGCCCCAGAUGUACAAUCAGCCGCCACCGCCGCCGCCGCAAGUCUACCAGCAACAUCCACAACAACAGCAGCAGCAGCAACCGAUGCAUCACCAGCAACAACCGCCGCUUAAUCAAUGGCAGCACCAACCACCGCCGGGCAGAUUCAACCAAAUGCCACCCGUUGGCUAUAAUCAGGCGCCCAAUCCUGGUGACUCGAGCAUGUUCCCGAAUUUACAGCAGCCGCCGCCUUCGUUUAUGCAACAGCCACCGCCGUCGUCUUCGUCGGCUAAUCAAAUGGAUGCUCCAUGGUCAAAAGGACCACCGAACAAGGGCACUGAUAGAGGCAACAUAAAUGAAGCAUCCGCUUCGCGGCCUCGCUGGGAUGGGCCACCGACAGAUGUGGGACAGCAACAACAGGGACCAGGGCGCAACAAUCGCUGGCAGGGCAAUGACUCCGGAAAUAACGACAACAACAGCAACGUUAAUCAAGGCGCCAAUAAGCCCAAUCAAUUUGCCAACCGACGUAGCUGGCAAAACACGCCCCCUGGCAACAACAGCAACAACAACAACAUGAAUCGCAGCAAUCCAUUUAACCCUGCACAGCCAGGCCCCUAUGGCGGCGAUAAUGCUGGCACAUCUCGCGGUGGCCCAAACUCUGGAAUGGGCCCCGGUUCGGGUAGUUAUGAUAAUGAUGCCGCAGGACCGGGACCGGGACCUUGUAAUACGGGUAACUUUGGUGGACCGAGUGGCAAUUACGGCGGUAACUUUGGCAAUAAUGGCCCCGGCCAAGGAUCAAAUGAUAAUUUUGGCCCUGGUAACUUUGGCAACAACAACGAUAACAACAAUCGGCGCAGCGGCCGCUGGGAACCAAAUCGGCCGCAUCAAGGCGGAGGGAACUUUGGCCCUCCGCAGAAUAGUAACAAUAACUUCAACGACUCCGGCUACAAUCGCCCAAAUCAGCCUAACUUUAACCAGCAACAACAGGGCAAGCAGAAUCAAUCGCAACAGCAGCAGCGUGCACCUGACUUGGACGAGGCCAGCUUUGAUCAACUGUUCAAUCAAUGGGAGAAACAAUUCGAAGAUUGGAAGCGUGCCAAUGCCAAUCAUCCGGAUCGCGAUGAGUAUAGACGAUAUGAGGAGGAGUUUGAGAAGCAGCGACGCCGCAUUGCCGAGCGUCGGGAGCAAAUGCGACGCAGACGUCAAAUGCAAAACCCACAGCAGCAGCAACAACAACAGCAGCAGCAGCAGCAGCAGCAGCAGCAGCAGCCGCCGGAGCAGCAGCAGCAACAACAAGGGCCACAAACAAAUCGACAACAACCACCACCACAAUUUUAUCAACAAAAACAGACUGGUGGCGCUCGUUAUGGCGACUAUGAGGAGGGUGAAGGUUAUUCUGAUGAGGAGAACGUGGACGAGAACCAAGGCCCCGAAAUAAAGAAGCAACAAGAGGCGCCUCACGGCUCAGAUCAUGAUGAUUCUCAUUACUAUUCGCCAGAACCAGUGACAAUACGCGAAAUGAAGAAGCAACAAGAGUCGCCGCACGGCUCAGAUCAAGAUGAUUCUCAUUACUAUUCGCCAGAACCAGAACGAGAACCACAAACAAAGGACUUAAAGCAGCAGCAACCAGGGCCAUUCCCUAGCAAGGAGCACCAAAUGCCCCCAAAGACUCCAGCACAGCUUCAAAAAUCGUUACCAAAACCAAAUCAAGAACCAAAUUUGCAACAAACGGCGGCCAGCCAGAUUAAAUUUUCACAGAAGCCGACGCAGAAUGUGGAUACAACUCCAGUUGCAAGCAGUACACUUGGCAAGCGUAAAACCGAUGUUGUGGCAAGCCCAUCGAACCCUGCCAAACAGACCAAGCAGGAGAAGAUAUUGAUAAUCUCCCUGGAUGAUGAUGACGAUGAUGUCGAUGAAGGGCCGAAGGACACGGAAGCAGAGUCUGCGGUCGAUACGCCCAUGAAGAACAUAUUUAAAAAGAGUGACGGCAUACCAGGUCUCGAUUUGGUUGCCGACGGAACAGCUGCUGCCCCGGCCGAAGCAUCCCAGUCAAAGGGCGCGGAUAAUAACAAGAAGAUACCAUCGCUGUUCGAUGUGGUAGUUGACAAGCCACUGGAACGCGCCGGCAGCGAGUCGGAAAAAAAGCUGUCGGCUGUCAGCGAAGCACUGCCAGAUAAUGUGACCAAUGCGCUCAAAGAUCCCGAGUUUAUGAACAACUUGUCGCAGGCCUUGGCCCAGGCGCAGGGUCGUGAACGGGAACAGCAGCAGGAACAGGAACAGAAGUCGAAUGAACGCUCUGAGCAUGCCAACAACGGCAGCAAAAGCAAUAACAGCAACAGCAACGACGGCAAUGACGGGCGUGCCCUGUCCUUUGCCGAGUGGCAGCGCAAGAAGAAUCACCAGAAAGUUGAUGCCCAGGAUCCAGGCUCCGUUAACUUGCCGAACGACGGCGCUGCUGGUUGCUUUGGUCCCGGUUCCGGUCCUGGUCCAGCCAUCAACGAUGGUGGCAAUCGCGGCGAUUUUGGACCCGAUCAAAGACCCCCACAUGGCUUUGGCCCGAAUGGGCCAAUCGGCCCGCCAUUUGGACCUGGUGGUGGUGGCCAGGUUAUGGGACCGAAUUUUAUUGAUUUUAGUGGCCCAGGCGGACCGAAUGGUCCGCCAAAUGGACCCAAUUUCGGUGGUCCCAAUUUUGGACGUCAGGGCUUGGGACCAGGCCGGAGUCCUGGGCCAUUUGGCGGCGGGCCUGGACCGUUCGGACGUAAUUUUGGUCCCCCCGGACCCAACAAUCCCAAUUUCAAUGGGCCCGGACCAAACUUUAACGAUCGUGGACCAAACUUCGGACCCAAUUUCCGUGGCAAUGGACCUGGUGGCAAUGGUCCCGGCCCGGGUCCAUUUCGACCAAAUUUCUGCGGGCCGAAUGGACCUGGACCAGGACCAGGUCCAAACUUCGGCGGUCCCGGGCCAUUUGGCGGACCCGGUGGACCGAAUUCACCUGUACCCUUUGAUCGGAACUUUGGCCCCGGACCCAAUUCAAAUGAUCGCAACUUUGGCCCAGGUCCCAAUAAUCCAAACGAGCGCAACUUUCGGCCCGGUCCGGGUCCCAAUAAUAUGAAUUUCAAUGGCCCCAACAACAACUCUUUUAACGAUAAUCCAUUCAGACGCAAUGGUGGGCCGCCUGCGCCCAGUUUUGAUGAUGGACCCGGCUUUGGAUCACGUGGCAAAGGACACAAAAACUUUGGACAGCAGAGAAACAACUUCGGCAACGCAGGAAACAACGACAACAACAAGCCAUGGGCUGAUGGCGCGGAGCACAUCGGCAAUAUCCGUCCCAACGAGCCCGUCUAUCGUCCAAUCCAAGUGUUUGACUAUCAGAACAGCAGCAACACCGCCGCCAAGGUUAUUGACUAUGGACACAAGUCGGCUGAUAGCGUUUCUAAUCGUAUGAGUAUGGGCGGCGGACCAGGCCCGGGCCCUGCACCUCUGCCGGAGUUUAGACCUGGUGUUACAUUUGACUAUGGACAUGCAUCGCGCAGUGUAUCGUUAACCUCUGGACCAGGCGCGCCACCCAUGAAUCGCAAUCCCAAUAAUAGUUCUAACAACAGGAAGAAAAACAAAAAGAAGAAUAAGAAUCGGCAGCGCCUGUUGCAGGAACAGCAGUCGCAACAGCUGCCACAAAAUGAGCAGUCAUUAAUGCUGCCCGGCGACGAGUUGAAUGACCAACAGCGGGCAGCUGAUAAAUCAGAUGAUCUCGAGGACAUAUCCGAUGGCGAGGAUAAUCUGGCGGAUGCAUCGCAAUCGGAAUCACCGCCGCCGCCUCCAAAGUUCAAUAAGCAGCUAAAUCAAAUACAACAACAGCAACAUCAGCAACAUCAGCAACAUCAGCAGCAGGAGCAGCAGGAGCAGCCACGCAAAGCCUUUCCGGCCAAUCCGCAGCGUCGCAUGCUGGGCGAUCCGCCAGCCGCACUGUUUCCCUCAACCGCAGCGGCUAAUCAACAGAUACCCGAGCAGACAGAUGCGCUUCACCUGGAGAUGAGCGUACCCACUAAUGAGAACCGCAAUACAAUAUCCAUUGACGAGGUGCUUCUACCGCCGGGUCGCCUAUCACGUCCCAAGCGCAUUUGUAUAAUAUUACGCGGACCGCCAGGCUGCGGCAAGUCCUAUGUGGCACGUUUAAUCAAAGAUAAGGAAGUGGAAAUGGGCGGUGCCAGUCCCCGCAUACUCAGCGUCGAUGAUUAUUUUAUAAUUGAGAAUGACUAUGAGGAGAAGUGUCCCAAGUCUGGCAAAAAGAUACCGAAAAAGGAGCUACUCUAUGAGUAUGAUGAUGCUAUGGAAGAUACUUAUAUGCAAUAUUUGAUUAAAUCGUAUAAGAAGACGCUAAGCGAUAAUCUCUACGAUUUUAUAAUUGUCGACUGCAACAACAACUCUCUGCGUACACUCAACGAGUUCUACUGUCAUGCCAAAGACUCCAAUUUUGUGCCCUACAUAGUUGACAUGCACUGUGAUGUGGAGACGUGCUUGGGCCGCAACAGUCAUCAACGCAGCGAAGAAGACAUACGUGCUGUUCUAGACAAUUGGUGUACAACGCCAUUGCACUACAUUAAGCUGGAUGUGUCGUCUCUGCUGGAGAAUGUCGUUGAAAUGGAAGAUGUUGAGAAUAUGGCAACGGAUGAUAAUGCCAAUGGUGAGGAGGCCAAUGCCGAGGAGGCUGCCACCGUUGCCGCUGACGCCGCCGAGGAUGAGGACAGCAACAGCGCCGAUGCGGCCAACGAUUGCGGCUUUCUGAAAAGCAAGUGGGAAAAUGAUACCACGGAGGAAAAUCUGGCACGUCUCGAUGGCACAAAGCGGCUAAUGCAAAAGCGCAAGACCGCAAGCAUGGCCGACUAUUUGCAAUUGGAUGAAUGGGAACCGCCCACUGUUAGUGCUGAUGGCAAGAAACGCGUGCGUUGGGCGGACAUUGAGGAGAAGCGUGCCCAGAAAAAGAUGCGGGCAAUUGGCUUUGUUGUUGGGCAGACCGAUUGGAAACGGAUGAUGGAUCCCAAUGCUGGAAAUCGUGCGCUCAACAAAACUAAGUAUAUAGAGCGCGUGAACAAACGGCGUUAAUAAUCAAGAUCUACCAAUCGAUGACGAGACAGCAAGACCGUACUUUCGCCCUAUUGACACACGUACACAAAUAUAAACGGAUAUGCUUAUAAACACAAGCCACCUCAUCUAACUUGGCUUUUAUUUUAUAAUUUAUAGUUAAUAGUAAAUUAUAUACCAGUUGGCUAACCUUUGUUGGUAACAAAAUGCUCGCAUGCAUCUAAAUGCCUGGCAUUUCGGCAUUGGCGUGUCGCAGCUAACAGUGUAAAGCAAACAACCUAAUCAAAUACCAUUUCCAAUACAAUAUGUGCUCAAUUUCCAGAACAGAAUGCAUGACUUGUAUAGCAUAUACUAUAUGUGCUAUAGUUAGUUAUUAUAAAUACGUAAACUAGGUCAGCGUUUAGUUUUGUAUGCAUUUACGACCCAAGUAGCAGUUGGUUAAUAUUUAGAAUUUGUAUUAUUUUUUUUAUAGAAAACUCAUUUUUGUUUUUCAAAGAACAUGCAUCCAUACAACUUUGCAGUAACAGCUGCAAACGUUUUUUAAAAACACACAGAACCUUAGCAAAGAGAACAUAAUAAAUAUUUAUAUAUUUAUAUCUUGAAA